AUGUGCCUUUUCCGGACAACAUGCGAGGAUCUAGAAUUGGCCGUAACGUUGGAUUCUUUGGAGCUUUUUGGUGUUGAAGAUGCUCAAAACUUAGUUCUGGACUUGAUUUCAGCAUUGCGAGCCCUAGCAGAUAUUCGGAGGCUUCCUUCGGCAAACGGACGAAAAAACCUAUUAAGUGAUCUUAAUGUUAUGAUCCGCUCCAACGAUCUUGAACUAGAUCGUUUCAAACCAUUGCUACAAGCAGUUCUGGACGAAGAAUCGGAUCGCAUCAUCUGGGACAAAAUAUAUGGCGCCGUCCGCGAAUCUACACCCCCACCGAAAGCCUUUCCAGUCCUUGAUCAAACACCAUACCUACACACAACAAGCGGCUUGGUCAAUUCCUCUGGACAUCGGAGUGACAUUGAUGGACAGGGUGACGAAGCUAACAUACCGUUGGUUAUCAAGGACUCAUGGCAAUACCCAGAGCGCGAGGAAGAGGGCGUACUAUUGCGUGAAGCAGCAGCGAAAGGCGUAACCAAUGUGGCUAGGUACUACUACCACGAGACAAUCAAGUUCAACGGAAUAAUUGACGACAUACGUGAUAACAUUCGCCGGGGACUUGAUGUGAGCAAAGCCGCAAAUUACCGACCGACACGCUUUGAAGGUUCCCCGACUAUCAGCACAGCAGACAGCCGUUCGACAAGCACGGGAGGACGCAAGAGGUCAUCUAGCCGUACUGGCGUAGCUCCACCAGCUAGCAAACGCACUUGUUCAAGUUCCCCUUCCAAAUCCGCGAAAAGCCCCGAUUUGUCAAAUCGGAUUCAUCGUCGUGUUAUCGUCCGCGACUACGGGACAGCUAUAUACAAGGCUAAAUCAUCUGUCUCUAUGCUCUCUGCACUGGAGAGCUGCAUAGAAGGCUACAAGUCCUUGCAUAUGAAGGCCGGAUUGUUGCAAGGUGAUAUCUCAACGGGUAAUCUCAUUUUUAAUGAAGAAGAAGAAAACCCAUCAUGGUCGGCUUUCCUCAUUGAUCUGGACCUUGCCAUCAAAGAGCAACGAGAAGGGCCCUCCGGGGCGAGGGCCAAGACAGGGACAAGGGCUUUCAUGGCGAUAGGUCUUCUAUUAGCUGGCAUGAAACUCGGGGUUGUGGCCAAGGAAUCGAUUUUCCUUAAGACCGCGACAGACAAUUUUACAUCUCAUUACAGGGCUCUCAUUCCAUGGGUUAACCGGCUGCGAAAGGAGGUUUUCUUAAUGGAUAAGCCGUGGGAGAAAGAGGAUCACAGGCUCUAUGAAAGGUUUAGCACCGUCCUCAGCCAGGCACGAAAAGACCCAUCAGUUCAAUAA